GCUUAAUGUCUUAAUGCAACAAAAGACUACCCAAAUUCGCUUGUGUUAAAGCGCUGCGACAAAACACCGAGCGCUGUAUGACUUUAGACCCUUUUCCGCCACCGUAGCUCUCAGUGUAGUCAAAAUGGCAGCCUCUGUUGAUAACGAUUUGAUUGAAAGUGAUCUACUAAAAGUGGUACAGUUGGUGAAAAGUCUGACAGAACAGGUUGCUUCAGUAACAAUCCACAUUCGGGAGCUGCUGACUAAAGUCAAAAAUGGGACAUUUAAGACUUCAAAGGGUUUGUCUUUCUUGGACCUUCGGUAUCACCUUCUGCUUUUCUACCUUCAAGACCUCACUCACCUGAUCAGCAUCAAAACAGACGGAGGGAAAAUAAAGGACAGUGAGGCCCUGAACAGAUUGGUCACUGUCAGAACGGUCCUGGAGAAGAUGCGGCCACUGGAUCACAAACUAAAGUACCAAAUUGAUAAACUCGUGCGAACAGCCAUCACUGGCAGUUUGGCUGAAAACGACCCCCUACAGCUGCGUCCUAAUCCUGAGAAUCUCAUCAGCAAGUUAAGUGAGUCUGAGGAGUCUGACGGUGAAGCUGAGAGUAAAACAAAGAAGAAAGCAGACCCCUCUAGUGGCAGGAAAUAUGUACCGCCGAAGAUUGCUGCAGUGCAUUAUGAUGGUGACAUGACAGAGGCAGACAGGAAGAAGGCUCAGGCAGAGCGGCAGCGGCGGGCCGCCCUCAGAAGCUCAGUGAUCCAGGAGCUGAGGCAGCAGUACAGCGAUGCGCCUGAGGAGAUCAGGGACAGACGAGACUUCCAGAGCGAGCGGGAGAGCCGUGAGGAGCUACACAGGAAAAAUUAUGAGGAGUCGAUGAUGGUGCGUCUUAACACGCCCAACCAUCAGAAAAACGCCAGAAAAAGAGGCAUGAUGUCAAUGUCUGGCCAGCUGAGCAGUAUAACCCACUUCAGUGACAUAACAGCGCUGACAGGCGAGGGCGGACAGGAUGGAGACAACUUUCGGCCCAAGAAGAAGAAGAAACUCAUGAAGAAGAAAACCAAAAGAAAAGCUUUUAAAAAGCACAGAUAAACUCCUGCUGUGUCCAUUGAUGAAAAAAUAAGAAGAGGAUUUCCUACAAAAAGAAAUCAUGUCAUUGUCAUAUUAUUUACACAAGAGUUUUGUUUUUUUUUUUUACCAACAUGUCAGCUGGCCUACAGUAAUUGACUCUGGAUAAUAUUUGGAGUAUAUAUGUUUGUACUCAGCUGGAAUAAAAAGUUGACUCUUAAA